UCUCCUCAGAUCUACAUGCACCUUCGCUCCUAUAGCUGUCCCAAUGAACAGCGACAUAUUGUACGAAUUCUCUUUAUUGUCCCAAUAUAUGCCUUUGACUCGUGGCUCAGCCUCCUCUUCUUCACCAAUGACCAGUACUAUGUUUAUUUUGACACAGUCCGGGAUUGCUAUGAGGCUUUUGUAAUCUACAACUUCCUAAGCCUUUGCUAUGAAUAUCUUGGCGGAGAAAGUAAUAUCAUGACUGAAAUUCGAGGGAAACCAAUUGAGUGAGUAUUUAUUUAGAAUAAGGCACUGAAUAGGGAAUUGAGCACUGAGUAAAUACUCUUGUCUUUGUUUUCCAUUUACAGGCAACUCUGCAGUUUUGUGUGGUUAAACCUCUGAUGGCGAUCAUCACUGUCAUACUUCAAGCUUUUGGCAAAUAUCGGGAUGGUGAUUUUAAUGUGGCCAGUGGUUACCUCUAUGUAACAAUUAUUUACAACAUCUCAGUCAGUCUUGCACUCUAUGCUUUGUUUCUCUUCUACUUUGCAACACGAGAGCUUCUUAGUCCUUACAGUCCUGUGCUCAAGUUCUUCAUGGUGAAGUCAGUCAUCUUCCUUUCCUUCUGGCAAGGAAUGCUUUUAGCAAUACUGGAAAAAUGUGGUGCUAUCCCAAAAAUCCAUUCAGCUGAGGUUACAGUGGGUGAGGGCACAGUUGCUGCCGGCUACCAGAAUUUUAUUAUUUGUGUGGAGAUGUUCUUUGCAGCCAUAGCUCUACGUUACGCUUUUACUUACAAAGUUUACUUAGACAAAAGACUUGAUGCUCAAGCUGUUCCAUCCUACGGUCCAUAUGGGCGCUGCGCCCCCAUGAAGAGCAUUUCCAGCAGUCUAAAGGAGACCAUGAAUCCUCAUGAUAUUGUUCAAGAUGCCAUCCAUAACUUCUCUCCAGCCUAUCAGCAGUACACACAGCAAUCCACCUUGGAGCAGGGCACAACUUGGCGCAAUGGACAAAUCAUCUCUCGCUCUCAGAGUCUGUCAGGAGCUCGCGAUACAGAGAAGACUCUACUUCUGAGCUCUGAUGAUGAAUUCUAA